ACUGAGCGCUCGGAGAAAAGCUCUCCUUGUGCUCCCGCAGCCUUCCUCUGUCAAGGGAAUUGGCUGGCGAAGGGGACGGCCCGCGUUGAUUCUCCCACCUUCUCCCUAACUUUUCGCCGAGUGGAAUGAUAUCCAGACUCAAUUUGGGGGUGUUGAUGUUGUUGUUGUUGAGAGGCAGGAAGUGAGGCACGUUCGCACUCUGAGUGCCCGAGAGGAGAGCCGAGAGGCGGCUCGCUUUAGACAGGACCUUCCUUUCUCCCUUCCCCCUUCCCGAAGGAAUAACCUGUGAAAUGGCUUCGUCUGAAGCGCUCUCGGGGCUGCUGUCGGGAUUUUGCAGCUAAAGGAGACCUUUUUGUUUUUGCCUUGGGUUUUCGCAACAGAAUUUUUGUGGAUGCUUCCUUUAUUCAGAACUUGGAAGAAAACCUGCUACUUUUUAAUGGCUGCCGCUGCUGGAUGAUCAUCUGAAACUCUUAAUAGAAGAGAAAAUAUUGCCAGAUGGUUUUCUGUAGGCUUUUUGUAAAUGAGUGAAGGAAGAAAUGCCUCUACCUUUUGGGCUGAAGUUGAAACGAACUCGACGCUAUACAGUAUCUAGCAAGAGCUGCUUGGUAGCCCGCAUUCAUCUACUUAACAAUGAGUUUGUGGAGUUCACACUAUCGGUGGAAAGCACUGGGCAGGAAAGUCUGGAGGCUGUGGCACAGAGACUUGAACUUCGAGAGAUUACCUAUUUUAGCCUUUGGUAUUUCAACAAGCAGAACCAGCGCAGGUGGAUAGACUUGGAUAAGCCUCUCAAAAAGCAACUGGAUAAAUAUGCAUUGGAGCCAACUGUGUUCUUUGGUGUGGUAUUUUAUGUGCCUUUUGUCUCUCAACUUCAGCAGGAAAUUACCAGAUAUCAGUAUUACCUACAACUAAAGAAAGACAUCUUGGAAGGAAACAUACCUUGCACUUUUGAACAAGCAAUUCAUCUUGCUGGCUUAGCUGUUCAAGCUGAUUUUGGGGAUUAUGACCAAUAUGAAUCACAAGAAUUUCUACAGAGAUUUGCCUUGUUUCCUGUGGGCUGGUUGCAAGAUGAGAAGAUGUUAGAAGAAGCAACUCAGAAAGUGGCAUUACUCCACCAAAAAUAUAGGGGCCUCACACCACCUGAUGCAGAGAUGUUAUAUAUGCAAGAAGUUGAGAGAAUGGAAGGUUAUGGUGAAGAGACCUACCCUGCUAAGGAUAGCCAAGGAAGUGACAUAUUCAUUGGAGCUUGUCUUGAUGGAAUUUUUGUCAAGCAUAAAAAUGGUCGGCCUCCUGUAAUAUUUAGGUGGCAUGACAUUGCUAAUAUGACCCACAACAAAUCUUUUUUUGCAUUAGAAUUAGCCAAUAAAGAAGAGACAAUCCAAUUCCAAACUGAAGAUAUGGAAACAGCAAAAUAUGUGUGGAGGAUGUGUGUGGCCAGACACAAAUUUUACAGAUUAAAUAAAUGUAGCCUAGACUCCCCAGAUUCUUCGCCUGAGGAAGGCUCUCAGAAAUCUUUCCUCAUUCUUGCCUUUCCACGCUUUCCAAUUCUUUCUCGUCCUUCUCUGCCCAAAGGACAAGCUCAGACAGUGACAGUGAAUCCAGUUAGAAGGCGAUCAACCUCCAGGUUGUCUCUGCAGCCCAAACCACAGCCUUAUAUGAUGCCUCCACCACCUCAGUUACACUACAAUGGACACUACCCAGAACCUUAUGCAUCCUCGCAAGAUAAUCUCUAUGGGACGAACCAGAAUGGCUAUUACUGCCAUUCUCAGACUAGCUUAGACAGAGCACCGCAUGACUACAAUGGCAGAAUCCGCAAUGGCAGCGUCUACAGUGCUCACAGCACAAAUUCCUUGAAUAACCUGCAGCACUACAUGCAGCCAUCGCCCAUGUCCUCCAACCCGAGCAUUACUGGCAGUGAUGUCCUCCAUUCAGAUUAUGUCCCAUCGCAUCGACAUAGUGCCGUAAUACCACCUUCUUAUCGGCCUACCCCAGAUUAUGAGACUGUGAUGAAGCAACUAAACCGAGGAAUGAUGAAUUCAGACAAGCAGAGUCAUUCAAUGAGAAACCUUAAUAUAGGCAAUUCAUAUGCUUAUAGUAGGCCUGAUGCCUUGGUGUACAGUCAGCCUGAAAUCCGAGAACAUGCUAACUUUGCUUCUCCCCAUUCUGGUCAUUACCCAUUUAAUCUGAAUUACAGCUUCCACAGCCAGUCCUCCUAUCCGUAUCCCGCUGAAAGGCGCUUGGUAGUUGGAGCCGUGAGUGUUCCUGAGCUAACAAAUGUUCAAUUGCAAGCCCAAGAAUAUCCAGCACCAAACAUCAUGAAGACUCAAGUAUACCGCCCUCCGCCUCCUUAUCCUUAUCCACGACCUGCUAACAGCACACCAGAUCUAUCCAGGCACUUCUACAGUAGCAAUAGCAAUCCUGAUCUCAUCACCCGACGGGUCCAUCACUCUGUCCAGACGUUCCAGGAGGACAGCCUACCAGUUGCCCAUUCCCUUCAGGAAGUGAGCGAGCCUUUGACAUCAGCCCGGCAUGCUCAGUUGCAGAAGAGAAACAGCAUUGAAAUUGCUGGCUUGGCGCACAGUUUUGAGGCCAUGAGGAUUAAAGAGAGAACCAUGUCAGCCUCAACUGCAGAUGUGGCUCAGCCAAAGGCGAUCCCUUCUGGGUCACAGACUUCUGUAUUCCUAGAAAGGGCAAAGCAAGAAGAAAUUGAGGAGCAAGAAGACCAUGUGAAUUAUGGGCAUAAGAAAUCUCUUUCAGAUGCAACUAUGCUCAUUCAUAGCAGCGAGGAAGAGGAAGAAUGUGAAGACGAAAACAAGGCUAAUCCAGCGCUGCCAUUUCUCAAUGAAAAAUCCCAGCUUCCUUCCCUAAUGGCAUGUUAUCCAACUGAAUCUUUAUUGACCUACCCUUAUAGUUCCAUUGCUUCAUCUCCUGGUCCUUUACAUAUACAUGAACCUAAAUUGCACAUUACUGAGACUGACAGGAGGGUAAAAGAUGUGAGCCCCUCACACAUCAUGGGUGACUCUCAGGUGCUAAGGAGAGAAGAUGGACUGUUAACUCCAUCUGUGUCAGAGUCUGACUUAACUAUUUCUGCCCGGUAUAGAGUACGGAAGGAUUCCAUAAAGAAGAGACCAAUGUCUGAAUUACUGUCAGGGAAGAAGAAUAUUGUAGAAGGGCUGCCUCCUUUAGGGGUCAUGAAAAAGAACAGAGCUGAAGCUAAAAAAAUAGGACCUUUGAAGUUAGCGGCUCUGAAUGGACUAACAUUGUCUCGUCUUCCUCUGCCAAGUGAGGGGAAGGAAGAAUCUCCCAGAGCAACAAAUGAUGAACGGUUUAAGGGUUUGGAACAAAGGUUAGACCAAGGGAUGGUGUUUACGGAAUAUGAACGGAUUCAGAAGAAAAGGCUUGUAGAAGGUGACUGUUCAAUAGCGUGUCUCCCAGAAAAUGCAGAAAGGAACCGAUUCCAGGAUGUGCUUCCUUAUGAUGACACCAGAGUUGAGCUAGUCCCUACUAAGGAAAAUAAUACGGGCUAUAUCAACGCAUCACACAUUAAGGUCUGUGUCGGGGGCAUGGAGUGGGAUUAUAUUGCAACACAAGGUCCUUUGCAGAAUACAUGCCAAGAUUUCUGGCAGAUGGUAUGGGAGCAAGGGAUUGCCAUUAUAGCCAUGGUGACAGCAGAAGAGGAAGUUGGCCGAGAAAAAAGUUUCCGAUACUGGCCAAGACUUGGUUCAAGGCACAACACAGUGACCUAUGGGAGAUUCAAGAUCACUACUCGCUUCCGGACUGAUUCUGGUUGCUAUGCCACCACAGGUUUGAAGAUCAAACACCUCCUCACAGGACAAGAGAGAACAGUUUGGCAUCUUCAGUAUACUGACUGGCCAGAGCAUGGCUGCCCAGAAGACACAAAAGGGUUUCUGUCAUACUUGGAAGAGAUACAGUCAGUACGGCGUCAUACCAACAGUACCGCAGACCCUGCAAUUCCCAAUCCCCCUCUACUGGUGCACUGCAGUGCUGGUGUAGGAAGAACUGGAGUGGUCAUCCUAUCAGAGAUCAUGAUUGCCUGUUUGGAGCAUAAUGAGGCACUGGAUAUCCCAAGAAUGCUAGAAAUGCUGAGGCAGCAAAGGAUGAUGAUGGUGCAAACCCUAAGCCAAUACACAUUUGUCUAUGGAGUUCUCAUCCAGUUUCUUAAGAGUUCAAGGCUUAUAUAAGGUUUCUUCAUUCAAGCUUCAAAAGUCUCCUUCUUUUCAAGAGUUUACAAAAGCAGACGUUUGCCUCCCAGGAUUACAUGAAGUUUAAAAAUUCUGUAUGCAACUGGACAUUGCUUUAGCAGAGUUCAUGUUGAAGCUGAAAGGAAUGUGUGUGUGUUGGGGGGCAGUGGUUUGAAAUGGGAAUGAUUCAUUGGGUUCUUCCGAUGAAACUGUGUUCAUGGUAAGCAUACAACUGCUGAUCCUAGGAAGACAUUACUGCGCCGUACUGAAAAUCACUAUGGUUAUGUCAUUAUGAAUGGAAAGCUAUACUGAUGUAUACUUGUAGAUAGACUGUGGUGAAAGAUGUGUGCCCUGCAUAUACAGUAGUGAUAAAUGGCAUCAUUGUGCUUGAGUUUUUUAUUUCAAUCUCUGUGAAUGUUUGUGUGUGUAUGUGUGUGUUGAUUUUUAUAUUGCAACCAGCAUCACCAACAAGCCAUUAAAGGAAGCACUUAAGAUAGAGAGUGUAUUGUUAUUUUUUUGCCAGAAGUGGGGCACUACUCUAGAAACUGCAGGCUACAGACAGCAUGCAAUAAAAGAACAGUAUUUGGCUUACGAUUUGUAACAGGAAAAGAGUUAAAUGGAAGAUGGUAACAGGUGGUAACAUUUGUGGUACAUUAAACAAAUAGUUGGCAAAUCUUUGAAGGGAAGAGAAAGAAAAUAAGAUGGUAAAAGCGAGGACAAACUUUACAGCUGCUGCUGUAAGGAAAUUAUAGUUGGGUCACAUUCUAUGUCAAAAAGUACAAUAAAAGAAAAAGGUUAUCCUAGGAAAUCGUGUGUAGUUCCUCAAAACUUCAGAAAGUAAUAAUUAAUGAAGUGUAGCUCCAGAAUGAUUUCUUUAAGGAACAGCUUGUUACUUCUGAUUGAAAUCAAGCUGAAUACAGAUGAAUAUUUAAACACUGGUUUAAAUAUUUUAUCUAGAGAAAUUGUAUGUUUAUCUGCUUAGCCUGCAAAUUUCAUUUUAGAAAAAGGUAUUGAAUGUGGAGUGAGUACAAAAGAAUUUGACUUAAUGUGGAAUGUGGUUAUUGGGCUGCAUAAUUUAGCAAAGUGGCAGUAAAAUUACCUUUGUUAAUAAUUCCCUAUCAAGAAAGUAAAAAAGAAAAGAAAAAGGAUGAAUGUUUUUUAGUCACCAAAUUUAUUUCUCUUUUCCUCUGUAUAAUAUCUCCAAAGCAGCCUCUCCAAUAACAUUAUGCUAACAUUAAAAAGUCUGCAUGCUUCUUAAAGGAGAAAUGUGUUCAUGUGAAAAGCAAAAGAGUUAUGUAUUUUCCACUAGGCUGUAUAAUUGUACCAAAGAGAAUGGAAGGGAGGGAAAGUUGGAUGGUGCAUGAAUGCUUCAGGCAGCUGUACAACACAGUAAGCAUAGUAUGAUACUUCAAACAACAUGGGAGCUAUUUCUUCAAAGCAGUACUAUGUGUCCUUUUGAGAGUAUUAUAUUUUAUUAAGCCAGAAGUCAAACUGAUCUGUGUUUGUGGUGCAGACUCUAAGGAAUAUUUCUUGUAAACUUUAGUUUACAAGAAUGCAUUAUACAUUCUCUGGCUGAGAUGCCAAAAGGUGUUUCUGAGAUGCUUAGAUUAUUUGAUUGAUCUUUAUGGCAAAAAGAACAAACAGAAUAAUCAGAUGGGUUGAUACUAAUGAUACUAAUAUCCAGUGUGCAAUCUCGAUGUUCCUGGUUUUUUUACCACCUGGGAGCUGUGUAUAUGAACUGGUUUUCCAUGCAAUUUUUACAAGGUGAUAGUAGCAGUUUUUGAAAACAAUCCAUUGAAGAUGUUGGCUUUUGCCUAUCUUCCUUGAACCAGCAUUUCAUUUUGAAAACACUACCUUCUUCAAAAGAGCUUUUCAGGAAAGUUAAGAUAUCUGGCAUGAACUUUUGAUGGUGGGAUGGAGCUAUGCAUUAGGGCGGGCUGAAGAUACAUUUGGAAGUGUUGGUAUCUACAAUACUGUACAAUAAUUUGCAAGAUGAUGUUCCUAAAGCAUUCACUUUAACUUUUGAAAUGCAGUAUGGUAGUCCAAGUCCAUAAAGGUGUGUUCCAAAUAGUUUUUGAAAAUUCAAAUUUUAAUUUUGAAGUCUUGGUUAAAUUCUAUCUUUUGGCUCUCUGACGUUCUGUGAAAAAAAUGUUCAAUGUAAAGUUUUCUGUAUAAUGAAACUGCUGUUUAUUUGGGCCUGGCUUGCGCAGCACAAGGUAGAAAGGUUGAAGUGGGAAAUUAAUAUUAUGGAUGAACCUAUUUAUGAAGUCAGAGCUCAAGGAUUCCGCUCGCCUGUUUCUCUGGUGGGAUAUCUUCUAACAGUUAUACUUGGUAGGGGUGGGGUGCAAGAAAGAAUAAAAUGAGUUCUCUGUUCUGCGCUUGAAUGGCCUUAAUUAGCAUGCACUACAGAGCAAAAUGAACUGCAAAGUGAAGUCAUCCUCUAAAUAUCUAAAUUAUAUACAUUUGCUAACUUUCAUGUGAACAGUGAUAGACUGUUGCAAGCAACGUGAUUUAUAUGGUUGCCAUGCUAUCUGUGAUUGUAUGUGGCUUGUAGUUCUUAAAGCUAAGUUCAAGAUCAGAUUUAUAAGCUAUGACACUUACAAGGAAACAUCUUAGAUGACCUAUUCCAGUGCAGUGAAGGAGAUGUGAAAAAAAAUCUCAGUGGCACAAUAUUGUACUGUCCAAUCUAGGUACAAUCCAGGGAACUAUGGGGGGUUACUCCUUUCUUUGUGAAGCCUACUCUUUUCCUUCCUAAUCUGAAAAAUGUAAUUUGUAGAUCAAAUUACUGCAGAUAAACUCUAACAUUAUGAGUAGGAGGGGAAAUAUUUUGAAGAAUGUAAAAGACUGGAAAGAGAGAAGAAUGCUAUCUGAGUUGAGGAUCUUGUUGCUACAUACUGUAGGGACCAGUUUCUUUGCCUUGCACUUGUCUUUUUGGGCUAUCAGCUUCUUUCCAACUCAGUUGUUGCUCUAUUUUGAAUGUAUCCUUUGGGCAUAAUUUUCUUUAAACUGCAUUUUAUGUUUUGAACAAACUACUAAAUGAACUAGUAUGUUGUUUGGCCAAAAUCACUGUUGACAUGAUGCUGUGUUAUGCAAAGAAGCCAGUGCCACUGAUUUUUUUUUCUUCAGAGGUGCUAAAUAAAAUAUCAUUUGCUUUAAUAUAGAUGAAACAAACCACAUAGUUUUAUAGUAUUAUAAUGCAUGUCUUUUUAAAAUUCCACUAUAUUUUGUCCUCAUUUUUUGAGCACAGAUUGAGAAGAAAUUAUGCCUAAAUAUAUAUUGAGGGAAGUUAUGUGCCAUUUUAUUUUAUUAGAAUCACCUUUAAACAUAUGGAGUUUGAAACAAUCUAAAAUUAACUUCCAGGUUCCAGAAUAAAAAUGAGCAGUUAGGUUCGCUAAAAUAUGUUCCUGUUAAAUCUUCAUAAAAGCUACAAAAAUAACCAAACCUGGUCAUAAUUUUUUUUACAGACAAAAUACAUAAAAUCAACAAUGUCAAACUUUCUUUGUAAUGCUGUUUUCUUGUAUUCACCAUGGACCCAAAACAUGUCCGACCUCAUUUGUUGAAUUACUGUAAGACAAUUUGAAUUCAUACCACUACAGUGGUAUGGAAUUUAUUUUGAAUUAUUCAGUUCUGGGCUUUCUGCCAAGAAACUACUCGGGCAAGAUGAAUGAGAGCCAGUUUGGCCUAGUGGUUAAGACACAGGUUAGAAGCCAAGAGACUUUGAGUUCUAGCUCUGCCUUAGUCAUGAAAGUUGGCUGGGUGACUUUGGCCCAGUCAUUCUCUCAGUCCAACCCACUUCACAGGGUGGUUGUUGUGGGAAAAAUAAGAGGAGGAAGAAGUGUUAUGUAUGUUCUGUCUUAUUUAUAAAAAUAGUAAAGGCAGGUUUUAAAAAAAUUAAAUCUAAAUGAAGAGUACUGCACAUUCCCAUGCCAGUAGAGUCCUUCCAAGGGACUGAACAGCACUUGUUUGGGGAAAAAAAUUGCAGUACAUCAUGAACAUCAUUCAUGUCCUGCUGUACCAGAGACCUGGGUUGAAAUCCAAGAAAACAGCUCCCAUGCUACUCUUCUAACGAAUGAAGAUGUAGAGCUUGAAGUUAGUUUUGGAUAAAAGUAGCAAUAUUGCAUCAUGUUGCAUCUUGAAAUAGAUGCCUCAACAUCCCACUAGCCUUAAGCAAUUAAAUCUAUGCAAAGAAAAGACAGUGGUUUUUACACAAUUUCUCCUCUUUUUUACGCCAGUAUACAAGGAUUGAAUAGCACGUCUCAAAAUUGAAGUAUUAUUUUUUAAUGUCAAGCUAAAGUGUUUUUUACACAUAAGAUCUGCUUUGUCUC